AUGAGUACGGUCUCAGCCAUGGCUUCCGCUCCCGCACUGUUCCAGCCGAGUGGCAGUAUCUUGGGGUCGCAUACAGACCGGGAUAUUGUUGCUCAAGCCUUUGCGUUCCAUCGAAUGCUGGCUCCAUCCAAACUAGAUCGCUACCACGACGAGUUCGAUGAGGAAGAUGAUCUCAUCAGCAACGCAGAUGAUUUAGAGAGUCCGUCUAGCUCGCCCGUCAAGGCCCAGGACCGAGACCAGGCCUUGAAUGCCAAUACCAAAUAUGUCACCAAUAACACUGAAGAUGUACAAAGCCUGUCCAACCACCCGGUAAAGGCCGAGAGCCAAGAUACGGAUUUCAAUGCCUUAAUGAGCGAGGCGUUGUUGGCAAAGAAUCUGUCUGAUUCGCCCGUGACAGUCGAAAGCCGAGAUCAGGCCUCAAAUGCCAUCACUGCACCGGUGUUUGCCAUUAUGUUUCACCAUCGCCUGAUCAAGGCCAGUCCCCGCAGCGACGACGAAGAUGAGACGUGUACCAAUUCGGCUUUCCGUUCCGAUCUUUGGGUGACUGAACCCAAGCUCGGCCUUUCUGCCCUCGACAUGGGUCUUCUUUCUCAGCUCGCCCAGAUAUGUGUUCAUGCCAACAUCAAGGAUUGCCGCCGUCAGAAGUGCCUUGAUGAGAAGGCUGCCAUGGAUAGAUCCGCGCCGCGAUGCAACUGGACUGCUUUCAGAGAAUGGGCUCUGGUUACCAUGUCUUGCCAAGCUGCCAUGAGCGACGAGAAGAAAGUGUCUCGGGCCCAUUCUCAUAUCGCCACUGUUAUAUCCUGCCUGUGCAAGAUCUUCAAAGAGUGCCGUCUACUUAGACCUGCGCUCGGUUCUACACGCUUCCGUCCCUAUUUGGAUGGCGAUUCGCCAGGAAGCUCUCCGAUUGACCUCGCCGAGGUCUCCGAUCUUACCUACUGGAUGAUCAAAAUCCAAUCUCAGAUUGGUGUUGGUCCUGCCGAAGUCGGUCGAUGGAAUCACCAUUUUCUCCCCAGCGAGGUUACACUGCCGGAUAUUGAGCGCGCAGUACAGUACAUGGAGCGCUUGCCCCUUUGCAAGAACCGCCUUUGGAACUUUGUCGGCGUGAGCGAUAGAAAACAAAGUGAUCUCCCCGCCAUCGUCUCUGCCAUCAAAAGUAGUGGCCUUGAUCACCGAGAGCAUGAAUCUUGCACCCCCAGCAGAUGCCAAUCGGCCCACAUGGACAGCACCAAGAUUACGCAGCUACACAAGUGUGGCAACAAUGCUUUGAAAUGCACACAGAAGAAGUUUCCCGUCGACCUGCUAGAAACAGCACUGGAAAUGGGCAAUAGCACAGCCUGGCUAUGCAAAACCCCUAAGCUGAGCGGCUCCCAGGACCCUUACAUUGCCAUUUCCCACGUCUGGUCGGAUGGCACCGGCGUCGGAUUGAAGGACGCAGGCACCGUCAACACCUGUCUCUUCGACUUCUUUGCCAAAAUCGCUGGGCAACUAGAAUGCACAGCGGUGUGGUGGGAUGCUUUAUCAAUCCCGAACGAGCCCAAAGCUCGCAGCAAGGCAUUAAAUAUGAUGCAUAGCAACUACGCCAACGCGAGACACACAGUCGUACAUGACAACGCCCUUAUCAACUUCCCUUGGGACACUGAUGGGAGCCCCUGCGUGGCAUUGGUUCUCUCCACUUGGUUCACUCGCGGUUGGACCGCUUUGGAGUUGUCCAUGUCAAAAUCUGUCAAGAUCCUGUUCAAGAAUCCAAACGGAGGGGAGCCUAUCUACAAAGACUUGGACACAGAGGUUCUUGCCCAGAGCCCAGGGAAUACGACUCGCGCCCAUUGGCUGGCUACAACGCUUGUGAACAAACUCCGCCAGCCUGUUCGCGAUGUCGGCGACCUACUGGCAAUACUGUCUGCCCGCAGCACUUCAUGGGUCCGUGACCGGACCGUUAUCGCUGCACUACUCGCCGGCGUUCCUGACUGCGACUUCACCAAGGGAGAGAGUGAAAUAACAAUUAAAGUUCUCCAGUACUUAGGCAAGAUUCCCUACUUCUGCCUGCUCCACGGAAAACCCACAAUGCGCAACAAAGGUGCCUUUUCCUGGUGUGCAGCAACACUCGACGACAUGCCGGUAGACACUUCCGUUGAUAUAGGCGGCGACAAAUCAGGAGACCUUCUCGCGAUCGACGAAAGCGGCGCCGUCGAUGGGCAUUGGUACUGUCACACCCUUGACAGCUCCUCUGUUAAAAGGCUGAAACCUUACGGCAACGAUCUUGCAGCCGUUAUCAAGAUAAACGUCGCGCUAUCUCACUGGGAACGGUGUUUACUUUUACACCCUUCCGCUGACCGUCUUGAUCCCUUAUCACUUUUGGUUACACCCCUUGCGGUAAAUCAGGAAGAUGGCGUUGUAGAAUGCCGAUACAUAGGGACCGUGGUUGAAGAUCAAGACCAAGAACAUUCCGAGCCUAAGCGCUCUCCUCUGCUGAAGAUCAGAAUGGGCGUAGAGGAGCGAAAGGACACUAAAGGGAUGAAUGCCACAAUCGCUAUCAGCAAAAUGACCGGAAAGGACAUGCCCGCGGCCAACGAUGCUAACAGGAAGAGCCAAUCUGCUGACGGCCAACGACCUGCGACUUUUGACGAUCGGCCCAAAUGGCUUGACACGGUAAGAUUACUGGGACAUGACGAGACCUUGGGAUAUCCCACUGAAGAAGAAGAGUCCACCCUGAACACCGAGACGCUUUUUGAGGCCAUUCGAACAAGAAGAAAAAAGGCGGCCCUAUACCUCGUCAACCGCGGCGUGACCAUUGACACAAUGGACUCACCCGAGAUGUUCCAGAAGUUUGGUUCCAAUGGUCACGCUUGCGCAAGUAUGAAGAUUCUUGGGGAUGUGUAUGCAGAGGCUGGCAAGUUUGAACACGCCCGUAUGUUGUACCAGUUUGUUCUGGAGAAGUACCAAGGUACCGAGAACGCCAAUCUGCUACAACAACUCAGCUGCAAGUACGAACUCGCCACCAUUUAUGCAAGAGCCGCUCAAAAGCUAAGCGAUGACGAACUUCAAUACACGGACGGUGGCAAUCCUGUUCAUGGCGCAAAAGUGAUCCUCAAUAAGAUCUUGGAGGAGUGCGAUAGAAGAGCAAGAUUACGCGGUGAAGCAGACCCUUCAGCAGAGGAAAGCCCAAGGACUACACUGGAAAGGAGAAAGACGUGGGAUGAUUCCAACAGCCAUGGGCACUUGCGGAAAGGAGUACUAGUAGGAGACUCGACAAAGCCAGGUGGUCACAGGGCCAGGAGCCAGUCAGCGUCGAGUCCCGGAGCCUCCAACUCAACUUCGGCUCGUCCAAUUCCAGCGAUGGAUCAGUCGGAGGAGCCUCAAACGAUUCAAAAAGCAGAGAGGCUCCGCGACGCCCAAAAAUGGUACCGUCUUGAGCUUAAUGCCAUUGCCGACUUGACGCUCCUGCUGAUCGGGAUGGAGAAAUUUGACGAAGCUGCCAGGACGUUCCAGAAAGCCUUUCGAAGAUUCGGCUCUCUCCCAGACCUGGACGUUGAAGGCUUCAGUUUCCAUUCGGCAGAGCGAGACUGGCUUGACUUUGAAGGCAAGACAAAACAUGAUGAGCAGGCUGCGCAAGUCUAUCAGCGAGCGCUUAAACGAUUCGAUAACAUGUUUCAGGGGGAUCAUUUAUUGAUCUUUUUCACAUCCCUGCACCUUGGCGUCAAUUACCUGUUGAGAUCCAGGUUCUCGCUCGCUGAGAAGAACUUGAUGCGCGCAUUCAACGGCUUCGCUAGUCGGCUCUCCCGGUUAUCACCUGAUGAUAAAAUCGCCGCUCUGUCGGGAAGGAAUCGUACAAAUGAACACAUUAUCAUUCGUCUCACUCGGUAUCACCUCGGGGUUCUGUUCAAGAGUCAAAACAAGUGGGUGGAGGCAGAGAAACAUCUGCAAGAAGUCCGGAAGAUUGCUGUGGGGUUGCACGAACAGGAAGGAAGAAUUCUGGAACUGUCAGCCAUCCAUGAGCUCGGAAUGAUCUUUGCCCAGAGGCUGAGGCGUGAACAGAAGGCCGAAUUUUUCAUUAGUGCCGGAAACUGUUUCAAAAACGUCUCAGAACGUGCAGAAAAAUGGAUGAUAGAUGCUGAAGUCUGCGUUAAUCAGCCGCGGUCUCCAGAGAACAGACGCUAUCUACAGGCAAUGCGGCACCUGUAUUUCCGAUCAUUCGACAAUCUGGUCUUGUUGGGUCUGCAUCAUGUAAAACCCCAUGACAAAGCGCUGCAACAAGCGAUCCAACAGCUCAACAAAAACUUGGAUCAGUACGGAGGAGAUAAACAUCAAGGCGCCGCAAACACUAAAAACGGCAGGAAGAUCAGUGAAGCCGAUGAAUUUGAAGCGCGUCGAAUACUCGGUCAGGCCUAUACGCAGCAGGAGAACUUGCAUUCUGCCGAAGCCGAGCUCAGAAUUGCCCAGGAUGGUUAUAUGCGUCUACAUGGGAAGUGUCAUCUGGGAACCUUGGAUGUUUGCGACAUCUAUGCGGAUAUUCUCGUCAAGCUUCUUGAGCGACGAGAUACUCCAAGGGAGGACCCCGAGAAGUUGCUUGAAGAAUCUGUGGAAACUUAUGGCCGCACCGUUGGCUUAUAUCACCCAAGGACGCUUGAUGCGUGCUUGAAGUUGGGACAGGCCUAUCUGUACCGCCUCAAACUCGAAAAAGCCGAGAAGAUAUUCGAGCGCGCCUAUCAUGGUUGCGACAAGAUUAGUGGUUCCGCUCAUCUCAUGACAGCGAGGGCUGCCAGGUUGCUUGGCGACGUGUAUUUCGAGAAAGGCACGCUUGGUAAGGCCAAAGACAUGUAUAGCAAGGCGUACGCGGUCUUCUCAACUUUGUAUACCUGUGAGCCAGUUUCGGCCGAUUCUCAAAGCACGAAUUCGUGGGUCGUGGCGUCGGCAACAAAGAUUGAGACGUUACAAGCUACCAUGGACUAUGCCAAGGUCUGUGCGCGUAUACCAACCACCAUCGUCCGCAAACAAGCCAUCGAUCUCUACAACCGGGUUAUCAAAGACUUUUCAGCUUUGGAAGACGAGCCCCUGGUCGUCAUAGGCAAGUCAAUCGCACUCAUAAGACUUGGGGCCUUGUACGGAGAGAUGCGCGAGUUCGGAAAAGGAAGGGACCUCAUCGAGGAUGCUCUCAAAAUACUCGAAGAGCGAGUGAUUGAAAGCGGCGACACUUCCCCAGACAAUCAAUUCAGGACUGUGCAGGGCUCAAUCAAGGAAAGUUUGCUUGAAGGAAAACUGAAGCUAGUUCAUCUCAAGCUGAGUGAACAUCAGAGAGAGGAGAAUCACACUGGCAACAUUGAGGCAGACAGGUUGGCGGUUCAGAACACCCACGAAGAGCUCGUCACAACACUGGGCGAGAUCUGUCAGAUUGACACCAAUACGCUAAACCAGCAAGAUCGGCGCUUCGACAUGGUCACAGUAUUGGAUCAACUGGCCGACGUUGGCUCUCACAGGAUUUACAUGCUUACUCUCGAAGCAUACACUGCUCUUGGGGAGUUAUACAUGGCAGACCACGCCGAUAGCAAGCUGGAACACAGUCCUGCACAAGGGGCACUGAUUUUGACCAAGGUCCUGAAGAAUUAUGGGCUUCAUGGAAGAGCAAAACUUGCCACAGGUCACCCAAAGAAGGUACACAUCAUUGCCCGCCUCAUCGCGUAUUACGAGCGGAAAGGGCUGGAUCGCAUGGCCAGUGAACUGAACUUGGAGUUGUGGGACGAGUUGGAGAAAGCGUACGGGCUCGAUCAGGCUGUCUUGAUGAUCGACGCAACCCGCGCCGCGAAACAUGCAGCUCGAUGCGCCAAGUAUGAUGAGCAGCUCAGGGAGGAUCGGAGGAAGUCGGCGGCAUGCUCGGAAACGUCAUCUUUUGAAACGACGUCCCCCAAUUACCAUAGGAACGGCUUAGUCAAGGAGGAAUGUGAGACAAACGACAAUGUGUAUGGGGCAUCGCCGCGGUCCUCUUCGCACACAGUUGCUGGUACCACUGACCGCGGCAACAGCUCUCAGAGACGUCCGGCAUCCAUGGGGUACUCAAGCAGGCCAGAUUCGUUUCUGGGAGACCUGAAAAGGUCAGAAAUGUUCCCGGGGCCCGCAACGUCCGCCCCGAAUCUACCUCUAUCCAACAGUGCUCAUGACCCCAGCAACAACUUCCAGAGACAUCCGGUGGCAGGCCCGAGGAAGUCAGAGCUGUUUCAGGGGCCUUCGAUGUCUGCCCCGAAUGUACCCGAAACUCGCAACUUUGUUCCCCCUGAGAGGCCGCUAAAGCGAGCAACGCCAGAUUCCGAGACGGGACCGGAGGUUCCAGUGUAUGCACCACCGGGCUCAUCCGCAAAGGCACAUGACCCUCACUACGACGGGUCUCAGAAAAAGAUGAAGUUCUCGGCCAAAUUGAAAGAGGCCAAAUUGAAAUUGAAGGAUGCUGGAAAGGAAAUCAAAGCGGCCGGCAAGAUCUUCCGACGCUAG